AUGGACAAAGACAGCAACGACGAUGAUGAUGGGAAGGUCCCGAAGCCGUACGAUGGCCCAUUUCUAUUCAUCAACAAAACCUCGGCGACCCUGGCCCGAAGUCGAGACGAGAGUUUCACUAUAUCCUCGCAUGUGUCCAAAACACAUCGCAAAUGGUUGAAAGAAGAGAGGCUCAGGCGAUUGCAUGCAUCUAGCAGCAAGGCUGUGGCAGCCCAACGAUCGAUUCUUCCAGCGGCAGCAUCGCGAUUCCCAGGGGCUGGUCCAUCAGACGCCGUCCUAGUGGACCAUUCUGCGCCUGCACGGGCAGUCACCGACCCCAGUCAGUUACAAGACGACGGUAGCGCUUCGCGAGACAUCGUACGACGUUCAGUGGUCGAAAGGGUGCGUGGCGACGAGCAUAGUCAUCCUGUUUACCCUUUCGAGGGCAGCCAAGAAAAUAUUGACCAACAACGAACCGCCUCCUACGAGCUAUGGAACAGGCGUGCUUGGGCGAUCAAAAAACCCUCUCUAGGCCUUUGGAAGGGUAAUUCUGACCCCUUUUCGGCUGCCGCGGUGCCUCUUGCUACCCCAGACCACGAGAUCAUCCGACUAGCUCAGCGAUUUUUCGUGUUUGUGGCUUCGCCAGACCAGACGAGUGCAGUGUGGAGGGCUCCAAUAGCCGACACUUCCAGUUCGCACGUUCAUCUGGACAAAACUAUAGGAGACGAAGCCGAAAUCCAUGCUAUCCUGGCCGCAGGUUAUGCCGUAAAUGGAGAGCUUUCCCCGCAGCUUUCCGAGCAGUCCAUGACCCGGCAGCUGUUGCAUAAAACCAAGGCUGUCGCACUCCUUCGAGAUAGGCUAGUGAAACACGGCUUUUCACCUGGCGUCACUACAUUGAUCCGUCUCCUCAUCUCUCUUGACUUUCACGCCUCUGAUGAUGAAUCGGCACUGGUUCAUUUGCGUGGCCUCUGGGCCAUGGCCUCGACGACACCUGGAGUUCUGGUGGAUGCCCAAAAUCUCCUCAUGAUCAGCGAUGCGUGGAUCUCCAUAUCACUACUGAAGAGACCCGAAAUAUCGCCGGAACGAUACGACCCCGGCCCACGUUCGCAGCAUCCGUUUGACGAAGCUCUUCGAGAACUGGAAGAUAAACAUGGCAUUGCCGUUACUGAUGGUGCCAAGAGCGCAACACCGGAGGCUGCAUUCGACGAAAAGAUGUGGAGGCUGCUGGAGAGUGCCCAUGAGAUUGUCAAUGCAAAGAGGAUAGUGGGCGAGAUCACUGAUACCAAGUUACAAGAGUCGGUUGUCCAUUGGAUAAACAGUCGGAGCACUGCCAUCAGCGGCUUCUGUACCACUGGGUAUGUGGAUGCGACAGAACUUGCACAGUCACCUACGCAGGAUGAUGCGAACAAGGUCAAGCAAACAUUGAUGGCUGCCGCGUGUCUUUGUGGAAUGAUGUUGAUGAACUUCAAAUUCUUGGAUCUGGCCCACAACUUCAACUUCAGCAAAACAUGCCAAAAGAUUGAGCAAGUCCUCCACAGUGUCUCGCAGGCGCUGGAACAAGCGCGUCAACCAGCACAAGACAGCGACUACAUGUGGCUUUUGUUUCUCGCCGCCAUGGGCAACGAUAUCUUUACCGGGAGGGGCGAUGUCACUUACUCGUCGUGGCCGGUUACAGAGUUCCACUGUGUCAGUGAGCGUCUAAGCGUCCUUGUGGACCAGCAGUCCCCAGCCGCCAUUUUGCGCAGGUAUCCAUGGUAUCCAGAAAUGGACAUUUUCCUGCUCGAGCUACUUUGUCAGAGGGAACCUCGCGCACCUAUCAUCCCGUGGUCGAGGUGGCGGGAUAUUCUGAACCAUGCUUGA